AUGGUGAGUCGACUCUCCUUUGCAAGGAACUUCGUCUUUCCUGUGCUACCCAGCCAGGAAGAGAAAUGCAGUGAUGAGGAAACGGGGGUUCAGCCAGGUAAAGGCAAAAAGGGAAAAGGCCAGGGGAAGGGCCGGGGUGGGAAGAAAGUCAAAAAGCCGGAAGUGGACAUUCUUCAUCCAGCUACCAUGUUGAACCUGUAUUACAUCGCCCACAAUGUUGCUGACUGCCUACAAUUACGUGGCUUCCGCUGGCCUGGUGCCGGCAAGAAAAAGAAAGGACAGAAGGCAUAAAGAGGGGAUGGAUUCCUGUAUAGCAUGUCUUCAUAACCAUGAAUUGUAACUAUAGGCAGAAGCACACAGAGAAAGGAUGCAACCAAAACAGGAACAGAAGCAGACAAGACCUUACUGAAAACACCUUGAGCUGGAAGAAGACUGAAGCGCUCUUGGAGUUAAGGAUAAAGGAAUUGAAUUGUCACUUAACACUUGCGCCCAUGUUAAACAUUUUUUAACUUUUUUUCUUUUUUUUGUUAGGAAUUAAGCC